AUGGCUGCUGUCUCCGAGAGCCCAGUCUUCCGGGCCACCACCACCGCCCCUGUCAACAUCGCUGUUAUCAAGUACUGGGGAAAACGCGAUGCCACCUUGAACCUACCCACGAACUCUUCGCUUUCCGUCACCCUAUCCCAGAAAUCUCUCCGCACCCUUACCACCGCUUCGUGCUCUGCCGAUUACCCCGCCGCCGACGAGCUCACUCUCAAUGGCAAACCACAGGACAUUCAGUCGUCCAAGCGUACCCUAGCAUGCCUAGCUAGCCUGCGCGCUCAUCGUCAAGAGCUCGAAAGCGCAGAUUCCUCCUUGCCCAAGCUCUCGAGCUUCCCCCUCCGAAUUGUUUCCGAGAACAAUUUCCCCACUGCCGCUGGUCUUGCCAGUUCUGCUGCUGGAUUUGCUGCCCUGGUCCGCGCCGUAGCCGAUCUGUACAAGCUACCCCAGUCGCCCAAGGAGCUAAGUAAGAUCGCCCGACAGGGCUCAGGUUCGGCUUGUCGGUCUUUGAUGGGAGGCUACGUCGCCUGGCGCGGCGGUGACCUCGCAGAUGGAAGCGACAGUCUCGCCGAGGAGGUGGCCUCGCAAUCUCAUUGGCCCGAAAUGCGUGCACUCAUUCUAGUUGUCAGUGCUGAGAAGAAGGACGUCCCCAGCACUACCGGUAUGCAAACGACCGUCGCGACCUCUGAGCUCUUUGCUACUCGGGCAAACGCCGUCGUUCCUGCCCGGAUGACUGCUAUUGAGAAGGCCAUUCAUGAUCGCGACUUCCCCACAUUCGCCGAAAUCACCAUGCGCGACUCGAACGGCUUCCACGCCACUUGUCUUGACUCGUGGCCCCCAAUCUUCUACAUGAACGAUGUCUCAAGGGCUGCCGUCAGACUCGUUCAUGAUAUCAACAACCUCGUCGGCCGUACUGUGGCCGCCUACACCUUUGAUGCUGGCCCGAAUGCUGUCAUCUACUACCUCGAGAAGGACUCUGCGCUCGUUGCAGGAACUUUCAAAGCUAUCCUGGGUACAUCCCUCGAGGGAUGGUCCGGUCCGUUCUACGAGCCUCUGAAGGACAUCACCACCUCAGGCGUGGCCCUGGACCAGGUGGACUCCCGGGCCGUGGAUGUGCUCAAGACUGGGCUGAGCCGCGUGAUCCUUACCGGGGUCGGCGAGGGCCCGAUCAGUGUGGAGGAGCAUCUCGUCGGCGAGAAGGGUGAGAUUCUCUCUCGCCAGUAA